AUGAUCGUAAUGAACGGAACACCAGUGAAUACCACUGGAACGUUCAGAAAAAUGAUGUUAUGGGAGGAUUGUAUAUCGGAGUGCUAUUUCGAUGAUGAUUGCUUGUGUGGAUAUUUCAAAUGGGGCAACAUUACUAUCAUGAAGGAAUUCAGUUUUUUAGUGGCGUUUAAGGUAGAUAAACUCCACAACUCCUCCACCGCCAUCCCUUCCAUUUCCACAGAAUGGUCCAAUGGUACUCACAUCUUCCAAAAAGCUAUAUCUUCUGAGAGUGCCACGUGGAACCUUGUUAAUCUCAUAACCAAGUGUCCAGUCAACUCAACUAUCUAUAUUCGAACGUCUAAAAUUGUCUGUGUCGGGAUUCGUAUAUUUGAAGAUCUGGAGCCUGGAAAUUACACUAGAGCUCAAGCACUGUGCAAGGGAAAUGGAGGAUACAGUAUCACCGGACCCAAUCUUGCAUCAACAGCACUCGCUCCACUGACCCCGAUUGCUACUAAUAAAAACAGUCUCUGGGUUGAUGGUUACUGUAAUGCGACUGGUGAAUAUACAUUUGACGAUGACUCUCAUGAAGGAUCCGGUGGAUAUCAAUUCUUUGAUGGAGAACCAAAUGAUGGUGCUACGGCUGCACUGAUGCUCUAUAAGAGUAAUCAGCUGGGUGAUGUUGGGUUUGAUUCCACUACUAGCUCUGGAUAUGCCUUCCGUGGUGCAUAUUGUCGUUUGAAUGAUGUUCUCGUGGAUGAAAUAGAAGCAAUUUUAAAAUUUCGAUACGAAUAA